UGUCUGAGGAUGGACAGAUCCCACUCUACCUGGAAAUUCUGCCGGAGGAGACAAGACCCCCUGAGGUUAGCCACCUGGAGCGAAGCACAUCUUUGCUCACGCUCAAAUCUGAGCCGCCAACACCAGUGCACAGAUCCAAGUCCCACUCCGAACUCCUUUUCCGGAAACUAGCGUUGCUCCAGAUCAGUCAGGACCAACAGAAGGCAGACCAGGGAGCAAAGAAACCAUUGGAUACUUGCCAUCGGAGCUCACGCCCCGAACGGCCACCACCUCCUAACUUCAGCAAGAGCCGUGGAGGUCAUAAAGCGCUCCUCUCAGUACAGAUGUCCACCAGGGCGGCCUUGAAUGGUAGGGACACUCAGGAUGGGGACAAUAAAAGCCCUCCAGGUGGCCGUGACACGCAGGAUGGAGGCAGUCUGAAGAUGUUUGAAAAAGAUGAAGAUGAUGAAAAAGAGCCCUGCAGCCCAUUGCUCCCGAGCCAGAGUUCGCCACAGCCGCCGAGCCCCCAUUCCUCAGCCUCGGCCUUACCCCUGCCCCCUCCCCCUCCCCCUCCCCUUCCCCCUCCCAAUUCUGUGUCUGAGGAUGGACAGAUCCCACUCUACCUGGAAAUACUGCCGGAGGAGACAAGACCCACUGAGGUUAACCACCUGGAGCGAAGCACAUCUUUGCUCACGCUCAAAUCUGAGCCACCAACGCCAGUGCACAGAUCCAAGUCCCACUCCGAACUCCUUUUCCGGAAACCAGCGUGGCUCCGGAUCGGUCGGGACCAACAGAAAGCAAACCAGGGAGCAAAGAAACCUUUGGAUACUUGCCAUCGGAGCUCACGCCCUGAACGGCCACCACCUCCCAACUUCAGCAAGAGCCGUGGAGGUCAUAAAGCGCUCCUCCCAGUACAGAUGUCCACCUGGGGACCCUCAAAUAGCUGUGACACCCAGUACAAGGACAGUAAAACCCCUCCAGUUGGCUUUGACACUGAGUGCGAGGACAGCAAAACCCCUCCAGCUGGCUUUGACACUGAGUGUGAGGACAGAAUAGACCCUCCAGGUUCCAGUGACACUCAAUACGAUGAUAAAACUUAUCCAGUUGUAUGUGACACUCAGUACAAGGACAGCAAAACCCCUCCAUUUGCCAGUGACACUCAGUACGGGGACAGUGAAACCUCUCUAGGUUCCUGUGACACUCUGUACACGGACAUAAUAACCCCUCCAGGAGCCAGCGACACUGGGUACGAGGACAGAAAAACCCCUCCAGGGGCCAGCGACACUGGGUACGAGGACAGAAAAACCCCUCCAUUUGCCAGUGACGCUCAGUACAAGGACAGUGAAACCUCUCUAGGUGCCUGUGACACUCAGUACAAGGGCAGCCUGAAGGCAAUCAGGAGCAAGGCGGUCCAUGAUUUUUUCUCCAAAAGACCACUGCCACCAAUCCCCCAAUCAAAGUCACAGUCAGAGCCAUUGUACGAGGAACUGGGCUGGUGCUCAUGCGUUAAAAACGAGGAUUCGGAGGAACGCAAGCCUGAGGACAUCGAGGUACUGAUGGCCUGGUGGCGCACCAUAGAAGAGUGGGAUAACAUGCCACUGGAUUAUGAACUCAAGGAAGAGGAGGAAAUCAGGGUAUUCACUCUCACAGCCUACAGGAUCAAGAUGGGACUUCGUCUCUUCAACUGCCUUUUGUCCAAGAACAGCGAGAGUCUGCAGAACCGCAUAACUGAGCUGAACACCACUGCGGACAACUUGGACAAAACGCGCAAGAGGGCCAAAAUUGCCACCAUGACUGGGGGCACAACGGGGACAGUAGGAGGGGUAGCGGUCGUAGCAGGCUUAGUCCUCGCCCCCCUGACCUUGGGCGCCUCUCUGGUGGUGUCGGCAGUAGGGGUGGGUGUGGCGACGGCUGGUGGGUUGACGGGAGCCUCAGCAGCCCUCACCAACAAAGUCAACAGCAACCUGGACAGGAAGAGGGUGGAGAAGAUUGUGCUGGACUACUGGGACGAGGUUUCGGACAUUGAGAGGUGCCUCCAUUUUGUGUGCCUGGGGAUGGGAUGGCUGGGACAGCAGGACGCCUCCAGGCUGAGGGUCGCUGACGAGGAGACAGUGGCUGUGGCAAGGCUGGCGGAGGUUGCUAGGGGCAACAGCAGCUCCAUCCAAACCGCCUGUCAGUCCUUAGAAAUCCUGCAGAAGUUCUCCCUGGACAUGGACGACUUCUUCACCAAUGGGGAGAGCCAGAAGGUGAAGAAGGGCACAGAGACCAAAUUCGCCGACAAGAUCCGCAGUCUUGCCCAACAACUGCAGGAUGGGCUGGACAGUUUGAUGACAAUCCGGGAGAACCUCACCUUGGCAGCCAGCACAACUGGAGUGUAUGAGGAGCCCAGAUACUGCUGA